AUGGCACCACCACGCGUCCUGUGGAUCUAUCCAUCCUUUUCCGUCCUGUACUCCCUGCUUCUUUUUCACGCGUUGUCGCCGUGCCGAGCCUUAAGGAAUUACCCGGAGAAUGAAGUUACGUUGCUGGACUCCAUGUCAGCCUUGGCUGACCUGGGCUGGGAGGCGUACCCUAAUGAGGGGUGGGAGGAGAUUAGUGUGAUGGAUGAGAGGAACACCCCAAUGAGGACCUACCAGGUGUGUAACGUCAUGGAGGCUAACCAGAACAACUGGCUGAGGACGCGUCACAUCAGCCGGGAAGGAGCGCAGCGAGUCUAUAUCGAGAUCAAGUUCACCCUGAGGGACUGUAACAGUCUGCCCGGGGUCCCUGGUACCUGCAAAGAGACAUUCAACAUGUACUACUACGAGUCCAACAAUGCCAAUGUGUGGUUCAUUAAAGAAAGUCAGUAUGUCAAGAUUGACACCAUUGCUGCAGAUGAGAGCUUUACACAGGUGGACGUUGGUGACCGUGUGAUGAAGCUGAACACAGAGGUGCGGGACAUCAGUAACCUGAGUAAAAAAGGUUUCUACCUGGCCUUCCAGGACCUGGGCGCCUGCAUCGCUCUGGUCUCUGUCAGGGUCUUCUACAAGAAGUGUCCCCUCACUGUGCUUAACUUGGCCCAGUUUCCCGACACAAUAACUGGCGGAGACACAGCAUUGGUGGAGGUCCACGGUAUGUGUGUGAAUGCCUCCGAGGAGUUUGAGGCUCCCAAGAUGUACUGUAGCGCAGACGGAGGCUGGCUGGUUCCCAUCGGGAGGUGUGUGUGUAAACCAGGCUUUGAGGAGAACAAGGACAUCUGCCAACCAUGCAGACCCGGUACCUACAAGGCCUCGGCCACGGAGGCCUACUGCACCAAAUGUCCUCCUCACAGCUCAUCCCCGCAGGAACAAGCCAUUGAGUGCAUUUGUGAGAAAGGCUUCUACCGUGCCGAGACUGACCCUCGAUCCAUGGCCUGCACACGUCCUCCAUCUGCUCCAGAAAACCCCAUCUCCACAGUGAACGAGACCUGUGUCACCCUGGAGUGGUCACCGCCCCGAGACACAGGAGGGCGGGGAGACAUCACCUACAGCCUCCACUGCAGGAAGUGCAUAGGCGAUGGCAAAAAGUGCACGCCCUGCGGUAGCAGUGUCCAUUUUGUGCCCAGACAGUUUGGUCUGUCAUCAGCUACGGUGCUGGUCACCGACCUGCAGCCAGACUCCAACUACAGCUUCACCAUUGAGAGCCAGAAUGGUGUGUCAGACUUAAGCCCCACACCCAGAGGAACAGUAGUGAUCAACAUCACCACAUCACAGACAGUGAGUGUAGUGUUGAAGGAAAGGAGGAGCAAGGACAGUGUGACUUUGGCCUGGCAGGGUCCAGAGAGACCCAACGGAGCGAUAGUGGAGUAUGAGGUCAUCUACUAUGAGAAGAAUCAGCGGGAGCAAAACUACACAGUUUUAAAGACUCGCUCCAACAUGAUGACAGUGGAUGGGCUGAAGCCAGGGACCACCUACGUGUUCAGGGUCAGGGCUAAAACAGAUGGGGGCUACGGGAGCUACGGUGGAGAAAUUGAACUGGAGACCAGCCACGAAGAUGUUUUGGCUAUUGGGGACCCUAACCAGUCCACCAUCCUGGCUGUGUCCAUUGCUGGGGGAAUCGUUCUCCUCAUCUUCCUGGUGACUUGCUUCGUUGUCAGUGGAAGGCAUUGUGGAUACAUCAAAGCCAAGCAGGACCCUGAUGAAGAGAAGAUGCAGUUCCAGCACGGCCGAGUCAAGCUUCCCGGCAGCAGGACGUACAUUCAUCCUCACACCUACGAAGACCCCAACCAGGCUGUCAGGGACUUUGCCAAAGAGAUCGAUGCAUCCAAUAUUCGUAUAGAGAGAGUUAUCGGCGGUGGAGAGUUUGGGGAGGUAUGCAGUGGUCGGCUGCGUGUUCAGGGAAAGAGGGAGAUCUACGUGGCCAUCAAGAGUCUGAAGGCGGGAUACUCUGACAAACAGAGGAGGGACUUCCUGUCUGAAGCAUCCAUCAUGGGACAGUUUGACCAUCCGAACAUCAUCAGGCUGGAGGGUGUUGUGACGAGAUGUAAGCCAGUGAUGAUCAUAACAGAGUUCAUGGAAAACGGAUCUCUGGACACUUUCCUCAAGAAACAUGACGGCCAGUUCACGGUAAUCCAGCUGGUUGGCAUGCUGCGUGGCAUCGCCUCAGGUAUGAAGUACCUGUCAGACAUGAGUUACGUUCACAGAGAUCUGGCAGCUCGAAACAUCCUGGUCAACAGCAACCUGGUGUGUAAGGUGUCUGACUUUGGCCUGAGUCGAGUUCUGGAGGACGACCCCGAGGCUGCUUACACUACAAGGGGAGGGAAGAUCCCCAUCAGAUGGACAGCUCCUGAGGCUAUAGCCUACAGGAAGUUCACCUCAGCCAGUGAUGUGUGGAGUUACGGUAUCGUCAUGUGGGAGGUGAUUUCAUAUGGAGAGAGACCCUACUGGGAGAUGUCCAACCAGGAUGUGAUCAAAGCAAUAGAUGAGGGUUACCGUCUUCCUGCUCCGAUGGAUUGUCCGGUGGUGUUGCACCAGCUGAUGUUGGAUUGCUGGGAGAAGGGUCGCAGUGAAAGGCCAAAGUUUGGACAGAUUGUCACAAUCCUGGACAAGCUCAUCAGAAAUCCAGCCAGCCUCAGAGAGCUGGCCAACAGCUCAGUAUGCAGGGAGGACCCGUCCACCCCAGAGUUCAGUGUGAGCACAGUGGAUGAGUGGUUGGAGGCCAUCAAGAUGGGCCAGUAUAAGGAGAACUUUUCCAGUUCUGGAUAUGUCAGCUUGGACGCAAUUCUCUACAUAAGUGUCAGUGAACUGACUAAGAUGGGUGUCACUCUGGCCGGCCACCAGAAGAAGAUUUUAUCCAGUGUGCAGAGCCUGCAGACCCAGGGGACGCAUGUCCAAGUAUAA